AUGACCAAGCCAGUGCUGUACACGAUCCACCUGAGUCCACCUUGCCGGACGGUGGAACUGUGCGCCAAAGCUCUCGACGUUGAGCUGGAGUUGAAAGAGAUGGACCAUGGUGGGGAACAUCUGAAGCCGGAGUUCCUCAAGAUAAAUCCGCAACAUACAGUUCCCGUACUGGAUGACAAUGGUACAAUAGUUUGCGAAAGUCAUGCCAUCAUGAUCUAUCUGGCCACCAAGUAUGGCAACGGGGACAGCCUCUUGUAUCCACAAGAACUCGCAGAACAGUCCAAAGUAAACGCAGCGUUGUUCUUCGAAAGUAGCAUGUUGUUCCCUCGAAUGAGAGCCAUUUUCGUGAGUCAAUUUCAAAGCUUAUUUCGAAAUCGAUUGCAGAAUGUUAUCUCUGAUUUUUUUUAUUUUUGCACAGGACCGAUUUUCUUCUGCGGCAGCAGUGAAAUUCCAACCGAGAAGGUGGAGUACAUACAGAGGGCAUACAAACUGCUGGAGGAUACGCUGGUGGAUGACUACGUCGUUGGUAACUCGAUGACCAUUGCGGAUUUCAGCUGCGUUUCGACCAUUUCCACUGUGAUGGGUGUAGUUCCUUUGGAUGAGGCCAAGUACCCGAGGAUCCAUGCCUGGUUGGAGCGGAUGAGGUCGUUACCUUACUAUGAGGAAGCUAAUGGGGGUGGCGCUGUACGGAUGGCCCAGGCUGUGUUGGCAAUGAGGGAGAAGAAUGCCCAGUAGAAGGCUUGAAGCGUCGUCAGUUGGGAGUUAGAUGUGGUAAGGAGAUUGAAUUAUAAUC